UCCAUAAUAACACUGUGUGUGUGUGUGUGUGUGUGUGUGUGUGUGUGUGUGUGUGUGUGUGUGUGUGUGUGUGUGUGUGUGUGUGUGUGUCAGACCAUUGCAGAUGUGAUCAGGACCUGCCUCGGGCCUCGGGCCAUGAUGAAGAUGUUGCUUGACCCGAUGGGAGGCAUCGUGAUGACCAACGAUGGAAACGCCAUCCUCAGAGAGAUCCAGGUUCAGCAUCCAGCAGCCAAAUCAAUGAUCGAGAUCAGCCGCACGCAGGAUGAAGAGGUGGGAGACGGGACCACGUCUGUCAUCAUACUGGCGGGGGAGAUGCUGUCGGUGGCGGAGCAGUUCCUGGAGCAGCAGAUGCACCCGACAGUGAUCAUCAGCGCCUACAGACGGGCUCUGGAGGACAUGUUGGACACUCUGAAGGACAUCAGCACCCCCGUGGACACGGCAGACCGCUCCAUGAUGCUAAAGAUCGUCCACUCGGCCAUCAACACUAAAGCGGUGAGCCGCUGGUCCGAGCUGGCGUGCGGCAUCGCUCUGGACGCCGUGCGCACCGUGGAGCUGGAGGACAACGGCCGUAAAGAGAUCGACAUCAAGAAAUACGCCAAAGUGGAGAAGGUUCCAGGCGGGAUCAUCGAGGACUCGUGUGUGCUGAAAGGCGUCAUGGUCAACAAGGACGUGACGCACCCGAGGAUGAGACGCGUCAUCAAAGAGCCGCGCAUCGUCCUGCUCGACUGCUCCCUGGAGUACAAGAAGGGCGAGAGCCAGACAGACAUAGAGAUCAGUAAGGAGGAAGACUUUGCCAGAAUCCUGCAGAUGGAGGAAGAAUACAUCCAGCAGAUCUGUGAGGACAUCAUCCGCCUCAAACCUGACCUGGUCUUCACCGAGAAGGGCAUCUCAGAUCUGGCUCAGCACUACCUGAUGAAGGCCAACAUCACCGCCAUCCGCCGCGUCAGGAAGACCGACAACAACCGCAUCGCCAGGGCGUGCGGCGCUCGCAUCGUCAGCCGGACCGACGAGCUGCGCGAGGAAGAUGUCGGUACGGGGGCGGGGCUCUUUGAGGUGAAGAAGAUCGGUGACGAGUAUUUCACCUUCGUCACCGAGUGCAAAGACCCCAAAGCCUGCACCAUCCUGCUUAGAGGAGCCAGCAAGGAGAUCCUGGCUGAGGUGGAGAGGAACCUGCAAGACGCCAUGCAGGUGUGUCGUAAUGUGCUGCUGGAUCCCUCUCUGUUGCCGGGCGGCGGCGCUACCGAGAUGGCGGUGUCGAAGCGCCUGAUGGAGCGUUCCCGUGCUCUGACCGGCGUGGAACAGUGGCCGUACCGCGCCGUGGCCCAGGCCCUGGAGGUCAUCCCCCGUACCCUGAUCCAGAACUGUGGAGCCUCCACCAUCAGAGUGCUGACCUCACUGCGG